GUUUGCUGGGAUAUGUAAACAUGUAUAUAACUGCUUAUUCAUGUAUGCAUUGUUUCAUUUCAAAAAUGAAUUUGUAUUUAUAGAUGUACCUGUAAGUUCCUUCGAAAUGUGUCUACUUAACCAAUAAUUUUUACCCUGCAGCAUUUUAACUGUAGCCCAUUUCCGGGAAAACUGCAGAACUGGCAACCCUGCAGACCUCGCUCUACACUGGGCGAAAGGCGACACAUUUUUAAAUUGACUAUUGUUUUUACUUUUAAGUCUAGGAUGUGUUCUAUCAGGAGUCAGUUUGAGGAUGUGUUUAGUUUAGCGGGAUGUGGGAAUCUUGUGUAGUCUGCGAGACUACAAAAGCCCACAAUGCACCGCGGGCCAGAUAGCCACGUUUCACCUAAGGAUGUCGCUCUAUUUCAAGAAACUAUCAGGUUUACGAUAAAAUAAAAUGGGAACGUAAAUAUCAGAGAAUAACCGUGUGUAUAGUAGAAAUACUAACCCCGACUCGUCCAUCUGCACCUUGGGUGUAAACCUGAGUGUGUUUUUGUUGUGUGCUUUUCCCUUUGGCUCUAUGACACGAACUGUUAAUUGUGAAGGUGUAUAAUAUUAAUUUACCCCAAAAACAGAAAACGCAACUGGUGUUUUUUUUGAGUAUGUCUUAAAAAAUCAGUGACCUAAUAUGAUAUCGCUUACAGCCUGUGGGGAGGUUUAAAAUGACUUUAAUGCUUUAUUUGCUUAACUGAGGUGCUAAUACAGAGAUAUUUGUUGUAAACAAAGGCUGUAAAGUGCUAUUUCCGGAGACAGGGGAAAACAGGAGACAGACAGACUGCUUGGUUGAUGUUUGAGAGCUUGUGUAAGCCAAUUGUGUCCUCGACACACACACACACGCACGCACGCACGCACACAUAGUUUGUCUAUCCACCUGCUCUGAUUCAGGUCAGGGUGUCUUUGCGGUGUGAAACUCCAAUUAGUGGGCCAAAGGAUGUUGAAGAUUACAGAUGGCAACUAAGUCCCUAAUGUUUAUUUAAGGUCAGAGAGGUUGCGGAGUCAGAGGGCAGGGAUUAGAUGGAGGUCUGGAGCACUGGCAGCAUGCAGCUGCCCUUUAGCAAGUCAAGAUGAAGCGUCUGGGAUUCUUUAUGAUCACCUCCAAGUGGAAAAUCCCCAUGUUGUCCUUUUUCUUUUGAUCUCUUACUUAGAUUUAGGAUUUCAAGUAUAAACUGGUUGAAUUCUAUCAGAUAGGUGGCUCCGUUUGUUAAUGAUUGAGGGUUUGAGUAAUCAUAUUUACAUAAUAGGGGAGCAGAAAUUUCCACUGGCCUUGUCCUGUUGUUUUUCUUCAAAUGGGGUGAACAGGCAGUCUCUUGCCCUAUAGCACAACAAAGCAAACCUUUUGGGCACAGCCCUUUUGUCCUAAUGAGUUUUCUGACCCUUUCUCCUUGAUCAUGUGAGCCAGUUGUUUUGAAGGACGGCUUUGUCUCGGAUUAACCGGCCUGUAAUUAAAAUCACCAACUGCAAGAGUCACAAGGUCAGAGGACGUGUAGGUGUGCUGCCGCAUCUCAGAUGCUUCGUGUUACAGAGCUGCUUCAAGAAGUCAUCGCCUUGAUACUGUGUGAAUCUGUUUGGCACAUGACACGACAGACAGUUGGUUGUUAUUUAGGCUAUUAUGGACCGUCAUCACCAGUUUUAUUGCAGAUGAUUCAAAGAUAUUGAUGUUUGCUGUGAAAUGUUUUGUAUUAUUAAGCAUCACCAAGAAUAUGGUUGCAAAUACAAGUAUUCCAUUAGACAUAUCCUUCACAAGAUAAUGAAAAUACUGUAGUGUGAAAGGAUAACUGUAGUAAUGCAGUGAUAAAGCCACUAUGACUCAACACUGUAAGUGAUUCUUAUAAGGAAACAGAGACUGAUGCAAAACCGGUUAAAUGACCUAAAUGUUGGCUCCUUGUGCACAUAGCAUUCCUUUCCCUCAACUACCCAUUUUCCAAAAAAAUAUCAAAAACUUUUAAGUGCAAUUGUAAUAGUUUUCGACAAACGUGGAAGCACAAGAAGACAAAUAAUCUCCGCAUUGUCGAUCAGGGACGCUCCCGCAGUAAUCUCCUGCAGGAACAAGAUCGCACAGUGAUUUCUUUGAGGAGUUCUGUAGCUUGCAUGCAUGCAUGCGCAUAUCAGAAGGAGGAAAAAUGCGCCGCGCUGGCGCCUCCUGACGACAGUUAUGGGCUACUGCCUGUGCACAGAGCUGCAGGAGAGAGGGUCUUUCUCACAUUUCCCGAUUUCUCCCAGCCGAGUCCGCUCUGCCCGCUUCCACAUCACGGCCGACAGCAAACCGAGACGACGUGAGCACGGCGCGCUUAAAUCACCACAUUCAACCCGGCCGGCCUCGUGUGCACAACAUCCGUGCGUCGUCACAUACGGACAAGGUCAGGAGAUUUAAUCCUGGGGGAAUGCUGUUGAGAUGACCUGCGUGGCCUUUGUUUCCUCAAGAGAUUAUUCUCCAAUCAAAAGAGUGGAGCAAAAUCGAGCCAGGACAUGCUUGACAGGUUUACAUGAUGGACAGGUGAUGGAGUCUUCCAUCAUCUUUCUCCACCAGUGACUCGGCCUGCCAGCUCUCCCCGCGAGGCAUAAGUGUGUACCAGCAGUCCAAGGCCCCUUAUUUGUUUGCCAUGGUGACAUAAGCAGUGCUGCAAUAUGAGGGAGAACCAAAACCGCCUCAUUUCUUUCUCCAGUAGCUCCUGCAGCUGCUAUCUUAAUGCUUCUUAUAUUUAGCUCCAUAACAAGGCUGACCUUGCUCUGAGAAUCCCCUGCUCGCUGUCCUCUAUCCACACCGAGAGAGAGACUGUCCCCCAAGGUGUGCUGCUGAGCCGGCGCGGCAGAGCGGUGUGGCGUGAGACGAUGCUGGGAUGUGUGACCCGCCUCCGUCGGCAGGUCCGUCUCCUCCCCCUGCAGACCUCGCUGAUACUUCUCUUCCUCUUCUGCACCGUCAGCGUCUUCAUCUCAGCCUACUUCCUAUAUGGCGUCAAGCGGGAGCUGGAGCCAUCAGGAGGGGGUGUGUCCGGAGCCGAGGGAGCAUCCGCCGACACCGAUGACCCAAGGGUCACUCCAUCCCGACUGCUGCCUUUGCGGCCUGUCUCAGGGGGCCCUGGGGCAGAUCCCGGAGGGACAAGGACAGAACCUGUUGUCCUGGUGUUUGUGGAAAGCCAAUAUUCUCAACUGGGGCAGGAGAUUGUGGCCAUUUUGGAGUCUGGCCGAUUCAGGUACCGGACUGAAAUCUCUCCUGGCAAAGGGGACAUGCCCACAUUGACGGACAAAGAAAAGGGGCGUUUUACACUUGUUAUUUAUGAGAACAUUCUCAAGUAUGUCAACUUGGACGCCUGGAACCGAGAGCUGCUGGACAAAUACUGUGUGGAAUAUGGAGUAGGCAUCAUUGGCUUCUUCAAGGCCAAUGAAAACAGCCUGCUCAGUGCACAGCUGAAAGGCUUCCCCCUCUUUCUUCACUCUAACCUGGGUCUGAAGGACUGCACGGUCAACCCCAAGUCCCCGCUUCUCUUUAUCACUCGAUCUGGGCAGCCGCUGCCAGGUCCUCUCCCCGGAGAUGACUGGACCGUCUUUCAGUCCAACCACUCGACAUACGAACCCGUGUUACUGGCCAAGACCCAAUCAGCUGAGAGCGUCGCGUCGAUGGGGCAGAAUGCUGCUCUGUUGCCGUCAGUGGUGCAGGACCUGGGGCUUCACGACGGCAUCCAGAGGGUCUUGUUCGGCAACAAUCUGGCUUUCUGGCUGCACAAGCUGGUGUUUGUGGACGCUGUGGCCUUUUUGACAGGGAAGCGGCUCUCGCUUUCUCUGGAGCGCUACAUCCUUGUGGAUAUAGAUGACAUCUUUGUGGGCAGAGAGGGUACCCGCAUGAAGGUGCCUGACGUAAAGGCCCUGCUGGAGACACAGAGGGAGCUGCGCACCCAUGUGCCCAACUUCACCUUCAAUCUGGGCUUCUCAGGGAAAUUCUUUCACGCUGGAUCUGAUGAGGAGGACCUGGGAGAUGACCUGCUGCUUUCCUAUGUGAAGGAUUUCUGGUGGUUUCCUCACAUGUGGAGCCACAUGCAGCCCCAUCUAUUUCAUAACCAGUCCGUGCUGGCCGAGCAGAUGUUGCUCAACAAGAAAUUUGCCAUGGAGCAGGGGAUCCCCACUAACAUGGGCUACGCGGUGGCUCCUCACCACUCGGGCGUUUACCCUGUGCACAUACAGCUGUACGACGCCUGGAAGAAGGUGUGGGGCAUCAAGGUGACCAGCACAGAAGAAUAUCCGCAUCUAAAGCCUGCUCGCUUCCGGCGAGGUUUCAUCCAUAGCGGCAUCAGUGUGCUGCCCAGACAGACCUGUGGUCUUUUCACGCACACUAUCUUCUACAAAGACUACCCGGGCAGUCCGAAUGAGCUGGACAAGCUCAUCAAUGGUGGAGAGCUCUUCCUCACUGUUCUUCUGAACCCCAUCAGCAUCUUCAUGACCCAUUUGUCCAACUAUGGGAACGACCGCCUCGGCCUAUACACCUUCAAAAGCCUGGUCAUGUUUGUCAAAACAUGGACCAACCUGAAAAUGCAGACCCUGCCGCCUGUCCAGCUGGCUCAGAAGUACUUCAGCCUGUUCCCAUCUGAGAGAGAUCCCCUCUGGCAGGAUCCUUGCGAGGACAAAAGGCACAAGGACAUCUGGUCCAAAGAGAAAACAUGUGACCGCUUCCCCAAACUGCUCGUCAUUGGUCCUCAGAAGACAGGGACAACAGCCCUCUACCUGUUUCUUGGCAUGCACCCUGAUCUGACCAGUAACUACCCCAGCAAGGAGACUUUUGAGGAGAUCCAGUUCUUCAAUGGGCAUAACUACCACAGAGGCAUUGACUGGUAUAUGGAAUACUUCCCUCUGCCUUCCAAUACUAGCUCAGACUACUACUUUGAGAAGAGUGCUAACUACUUUGACUCUGAGGUGGCAGCUCAGAGGGCUGCAGCUCUCCUACCCAAAGCCAAGAUCAUCACCAUCCUCAUCAGCCCAGCAGACAGAGCUUACUCGUGGUACCAGCACCAAAGAGCCCACGAUGACCCAGUGGCAUUGAAAUAUUCUUUCAAAGACGUCAUCACUGCAGGGCGUGAUGCUCCUGUCAAACUACGGGUCCUCCAGAAUCGCUGUCUGGUGCCAGGCUGGUAUGCCAUCCAUCUGGAGCGCUGGCUUAAUUUCUACCACUCCAGCCAGGUGUUAGUUUUGGAUGGACAGAUGCUGAAAACCGAGCCUGCUUCAGUCAUGGACAAAAUCCAGAAGUUUCUUGGCCUCACUAACAUUAUCAACUACCACAAGAUCUUAGCGUUCGACCCUAAAAAAGGUUUUUGGUGUCAGCUGCUGGAGGGGGGGAAGACAAAGUGUUUAGGAAAGAGUAAAGGACGCAGGUACCCUGAUAUGGACCCUGAGUCCCAGGCGUUCCUCAGGGAGUACUAUAGGGAUCAUAACAUUGAGCUGUCUAAGCUGCUCUACAGGAUGGGACAGCCUCUACCAAGCUGGCUCCGAGAAGAGCUGGUCCACACCAGGUAGCAGCACCACAGGGGAAAACCACACCUCCUCAUACUGAACCACUAAUAUUCCCUGCUGGGGCUCACUGGCCUCAUGGCCUGAAAUGUUGAAGAUCCCAAUUUGUUUUGACUGAGAUUUGAGGAUGAGACAUCCGCAUACAACUCAAGACUCAGCUGUGAUCUUCCCAAAUAAGGCAACAGUGGGCAAACCAGGAACAUGGAAGCCUUAACGGUGUGCACUGAAGAAGAGACCGGGGAAGAGUCAAGAGGACGCACACGAGGAAUUGUCGGUGUUUGAUAAUCACAUGGCCGUUCUCCUCAAUCAAACUUAUCAUCACAUGAACUUCUUCCUGGAAAUCAGAGGAAGGGAAUAAAGUCUGAAAUUUCAGUUGUGGGACACAGGUGAUGGAGAGCAUCACCUGUGUCCCCGCCAAUGAAUUUUCACGUAAGGAGCACAUUAAAGCAGGCUUAAUGGAUGAUAUCCCGAUCGCCUGAGAGACAUUGGUUCCAAAUGCCUUUGAUGCACGUGUUUGUAUGAAGGGAGAAUGGGACGUCUGAAGUCUUGACUUAGGCUGCAUGUUGUAGCCUUAUUUGAUAGGCCUUGGUAGAAUCUAGUUAUCACGUUACAAGUGCCAGGACAAGAAUCUUCCUUAAACUAUUACCACAUGGACUUUUCAUGGCUCUUUUUUUUAAAGUGUUUUUUUUUCUUUACUUUGAUUUUAACGUCUCUGUAAUGCGGAUGGCAAUGCAUUGCUGUAGAAUGUACCAAAAUUAAACACUUUAGCGCCAUUGGUUUCAUAUAGGCCAGAUGUACAGUACAGUUGCGUACACUGUUUUCAGCUUAGCAUGCUCUGUAGCCAGUUUUACAACCAUUUGAUUGGCUACAGCAGGAACAUAGGACGGGUGAUGAAAGCACAUUGUUUGAAGAUAAAAGGUUACUGGAAAGCACACUCACGAAAUUGUUCCUACUACAAUCUGUGAAGAAGAAGAUCAUAAGCUAGCUACUGUAUGUUAACGCCACACUCUGGUCCCACAAGAUUCAGAAGAUUGUGCAUCUCAAAAUCUGGUGUCAGCAUUGUUGUUGUUUUUUGUUUGUUUGUUUUGUUUUGUUUUUUUAAUCACAGCUGUUUAUGUUUUCUUAUGUUCUGUUUCAUGUCACUCAAUAGAAAAGGUUUCGUUUGGGAGAUUAAAAGCUGACUCUGCUUAUUUAAAAACAGAACAAACACGUAAAGUCACCCGGCAAACCAACAGUUCGCCCAGAGAGACCGCUCAGACAUUUUGGUUGUCGGUCAAGGUGUUACCACUGCAACUAGAUGUCAAACGUAGGUAACAAAAAGCUGCUCUUCUUGCAAUAGUUUUGUACGAUGUUCUGAUGUUAUAACAAUGCACAUGACGGUGACUUUAUAAUGUAAAUAAUGCGAAAACCCUCUGUAGACCUAAAUUAUUGAAUGUGUUUGGGUUUACACUCUCCAUCAGCCCAUUGUGUGAAAUGUCAGUGCUCUACUGAGGGGGAGUGUGGAAAUUUUUAUUUUAUUUUAUUUUUCUCCUCACUGUGCAGAGGUGUGUCGCUGAGAUUCUUUCCUCUCAUGUCCUCUCACUGCCAACUGUUGUACAAAGGUACUGAGUCUCUCCAUAUAAAGUAUUAAAUGAUAACACAUAACAGCAACGAUGGUACUAAUCUCCUGGACUGUAUGAUAAAGAUUUGUAAUUGUUGUCAAUAAUUUUUACAGUGUAACUAAUAUUGUCGGUGCUUUUUAAUUUGCAAAUAAAACACCACUGUAUUUUUCA